AUGGGGUUUUUCAACGACAAUAGUAUUAUAAUGACUAUUCAGAGGAUUUUCAGGAGACCUUCCGAUGCUGCUAUGUGGCUCUUCACCGGCAUGAUAGUAGUGGGUACUUUUUACACGAUGCUGGGGAUGGGACCGAAAUCUAAAAAAGCAAGACGGUAG